CGUUGCCAUCCGUCCGAUAUUGUUAUUUGUUGUCAAGUGUUAUUGUUUUGCCCCGACGGCGACGUCGACUUUCCCGUAGGGAUCUGAGUAGCAAUUAAAUGAUGUUUAAUAUAUUAUACAUAUUACAUAUUUAAUAUUUAUAUUAUAUUUUAUGUAUAUACGUAUGUGAACGUUGCACACAAUAUGUAUCAGUGAAAUGUGAGUGUGUAUUUAUGCUGUAGCCGCAAAAUCGCACGUCGUCGGUCGUUAGCUAAACAUUUUGCAUUUUUUAAUUUUUACAAUAGUUUUCCUAUCGUUUUGUGUGCUCGGGAGGGAACCGCCUAUAGUCAUUUUUUUACAUUUAUCACAUUCUGUACAAACAAAUUGAGUGUUGCAGUGUGUUUCUUCUUCUUGUGUCAAGAAACUUCCAGGAUAUGAAGUCUAUGCUGCCUAACGAGUAGACACUCCUGCAGGGUCAAAAUGUCAUUCAUGGUGAAGAAGAAACGAUACAAGUUUACUGUUAAUCUUUGCCUUGAAGAUUUAACAGCCGUCCCAUUUGUCAAUGCUGUGUUGUUUGCCAAAGUUCGUUUACUGGAUGGCGGAAGUUUUAGUGAUACUUCAUCCAGAGAGGAGGUUCGAGAUCAUACGGUCCGGUGGGGUGCUAAAUUUGAGUUCGUCUGUAAGAUGAGCGCCAACGCGUCCACCGGAAUAUUGGACCCGUGCAACCUUCGGAUAUCUGUCCGCAAAGAAUUAAAAGGCGGUCGCAGCUUCCAAAAACUCGGUUUCACCGACGUUAAUUUGGCUGAAUUGGCUGGAGCUGGGUUGAGUUCGAGGCGUUGUCUGCUGGAAGGGUACGACACCCGGCACCAUCGACAGGACAAUUCGAUGCUCCGGAUAUCCGUGUCUAUGAACAUGUUAGCUGGAGACAUAUUGUUCAAAGUGCCAACGUCCGCCUUAAAUCAAAAACCCACUACCAACGGUGAUAUCCCACAACGCGAAGAUACCGAAUACCCGAGCAGCGGAUUCGGCAGUCUGCCGAAUACACGAUCGUUGUUUCCAUCAGACAUUCCAUCCAUGAGUGGUUUAGAGAAACAUGAUGCCGUGUCUGAGUCGAAUCAAAAUCAUUCGGAACAAUUAGAAGACGAUGGGAUGGUGAUGGUGCACGACAACACCGCCGCGCCCACGGCCACUAACCACUUGACCGGUUCGAGUGGACAUUCCCGUAACUCAUCGAACACCAGCAAAGGCUCUAGUUCUCACAACUCUCAUUCGAGACACAGCAGUUCCGGUGACAGCGGGCACGUCCGGAACAGUUGUAUGCACCACCGCAAAUUGCUGUUGGAAAGCACAACUGCGGGUGGUUGCGGCGCGGUGCUACCGGGCCUGCUCAACAUGAACUCGCUUCAAAAGCUUCCGGAACUGGACAAAUCGCUCAGCACUUCUGACACCUUAGUGUCGUCUCCAUUCAGGCGGCCGAGCCAAAUCCUAACUGCUAGCGGCACGGCCAUAUCUGCGUCCCAAGCAUCGCCCGUGCUCAGCGGUGUCGAGACCGGUUCGUUGGAUCGCGGCAAAGCUGCCCUAGAGCGGCGUAACAAGAAGUCGGCCGCGACGGGUGGCAGUGUCACCGACGAUAGCUGCGCUAAGGUCACCGGGCGCGUGGAGGUGACCAGGGUCAACCCGGAUAGUCUCAUUGACCAGCUGCUCAGGGCCACCAAUCUGGAUGACCAUUCGGCUGACGAGGACAGCAAGCACAGAUCGGGGCUACAGUUGUUCAUUGCCAAAGAUGGUACAACCACACUCGGCAGUCAGGACGUCAAGUGUCACAUGUCUAACAGUCUGUUUAAACAGGUGGUGAUGGAAGACAAUAGAUAACGCCCAAAGUGUGUAAAUCUAAGAUUAUGUUCUAUUUAAGUAUUCACGAGCUUAAUGCUUUUUUUGUUUUAUGAAAAAGCUUAAUUUGACUGAACACCUUAUACGUUUCUGUUGUGGUGCUGCUGCUUUCCAUUCAUCGUACGGAACAUGCAUUGCCCCUAAUAGUCAUAUUACAGAUCUACUGUCGUCAAAGGUCUCUGUCGAUGUUGUUAUCUAUUUGUCCGACCAACAAAGUUUUAUAUAUUUAUUAUACACACAUCCAAAUUAUAUAACAAUUCAAUUUUUUUACAACAUUAAUAUAUAUUAAUUUAUAUAUUAUAUAAUGUUUAAUGUUAAGUGUUGCUCUCCUCAUGUGAUGACGUACAUUACCAAACCGUGAAACUAAUAUUGUUAAUUAUAUAUUUUGGUGUUUGGAUUAUGUUGAUCCUUAUGUAGCUUGUUAUCAAGAAUUCUUAUAUUUUUUAUCUCUCCACGUAUCAUUGUGUCAUGAAACAGCAAUGUAUUCGAGUAUUCGACAGUCCAUCGUGUAAUGAACGAUUAAGUCACAAAACAAUGUUCCUAUAAAGUCAUAGAGGUGCACAAUGACAUUAGUGUUGACAUCUGUUAUCAAGUAUAUAUGUUUUGAAUAUAUUUAGUUAAUAAAAAAGUGAAAUAUAUUAUGAUAUCUGAACUGUUGUGCUUUCAUUGCACGCCGCAAGUAUUUCAAUCGUUUUCGUCCAAUGAUCUUUGCUAUGGGACAAUUAAGGCUCCCUAUAUAAACCUCGUCAAUUUGGAAACGAUAUUCAUUUCAUCGUCAUAUAUAUUUAUAUUAAUUUUUUUUUGUCAUUGUUAUAAACAACACCAUUGAUCUCUCUCAGAUAAAUUAACCUGUGAAACAUCCAGUCACAUCAUUAUUUACGCACCGCAUAUUAUAUUGUAAUACGUAAGCAUUAUCUUGUAUUAUUAUUUAUUUAUUGUUUUUUUAUUUUUAAAUGGUUUGAAAGCCGCUUUGUCGCACUGAAAAUUAAAAGAUGAUUUGGUCAAUUGUAUUAAAACAAUUUAAGAUUAUUUUUUUUUUGACAAUUUUAUUAUAUCUUUUUCUUGUGUUAUUAUUAUUAUUAUUAUUUUCUGUUUGUUGUGCUCAAAAUGGACUAUACGACUUGAAAUAAUCAUUGUUGUUAUUUACUUAUAAUAUACAUUAUUAUUAUUUUAUUAUAUUUUUUUUGUCAUCUUGAAUUGUUAUAAUUAAUAGAUGUUUGUUUUAUUUAUAAACAAUAAUAACUAUAGUUAGGCAUCUAAUCAAUUUUGUAUUAUUACAUAACUACUAUGUGCGCAACUAGUCAUUCACACAUUAAAUACAAUACGUAUGAUAAAAGAAAGAAAUGAAUUGUUUGAUAUUAAAAAAAAAAAGAUUAAAUAUAAUACAUUUUUUCAUGUUAUUCAAUACUAGUAAAGCAGACAUAUUUGUUUUGGUGCAUUACUUUUUUUAAUGUUUUGCAGUUGCUUGUAAUAAAACAUUUUCACAAAGUUUAAA